AUUAGGGCGGCUUCGGCGGCGUCGGCGGGGCUCCUGGCCGCCUCGAGCCCGAUGGGAGCCCCGCGGAGCCGGAGCCGGGGCCGGAGGCGUCGGGGGCCUCGUCGGCGGCGCCGGGGUCGGAGGAGGCGAUGGGGGGAUGGCGCCUAGCGGGGGGCGCCGGGGGCUGCCGAGGGGCUCCGUCGGGGGGCUCCGUCGGCCUCGGCUCCGUCGGCCUCGGCUGCUGCUGCUGGCGGGUUGGCUGCUCUCGCUCUCGGCCACCUUCCUGGGCUACAGCCUGCUCCUGGCCUGCUGCCCCGGGCCGCCCCCUGCCCCCCCGGAGGCCCCGGCAGCCUUGGCCCCCUCGGAGGACCAGUGCCUCCCGGCCGCCGUCCACCACAAGAGGCUCCUGCAGGAGAAGCGGCGCCCCUGCGGCCCCGGAGAAGCAGCGCCCGCGCCCAGGGCCGGCAACGCUUCCUCCUCCUCCUCGGGGCUCCGUUCCGGGCCUCGUCUCUGGCCGCCGGGGUCCGGGAGGCGGCUGCCGCAGGCGCUGAUCGUCGGCGUGAAGAAGGGCGGCACCCGCGCCGUCCUGGAGUUCAUCCGCGGCCACCCCUCCGUCCGCGCCCUCGGCACCGAGCCCCACUUCUUCGACCGGCACUUCCAGCGGGGCCUCGAGUGGUACAGGCGCCUGAUGCCCCGCUCUUUGGAGACCCAGAUCACCAUGGAGAAGACCCCCAGCUACUUUGUCACCCGGGAGGCCCCCCAGCGCAUCUUCAACAUGUCGCGGGAGACCAAGCUGAUCGUGGUGGUGAGGAACCCGGUCACCCGGGCCAUUUCAGACUACACCCAGACCCUCUCUAAGAAGCCCGACAUCCCCAGUUUCGAGGGCCUCUCCUUCCGCAACCGCAGCCUGGGCCUGGUGGACACCUCCUGGAGCGCCAUUCGCAUUGGACUCUACGCAGUGCACCUGGAGAGCUGGCUGCACUAUUUCCCACUCUCCCAGAUGCACUUUGUCAGUGGGGAGAGGCUGAUCACGGACCCGGCGGGCGAGAUGGGCAAGAUCCAGGACUUCCUGGGCAUCAAGCGGCUGAUCACCCAGAAGCACUUUUACUUCAACAAGACCAAGGGCUUCCCAUGCUUGAAGAGGGCAGACGGGAGCAGCUUGCCACGCUGCCUGGGCAAGUCCAAGGGGAGGACCCACGUCCAGAUCGACCCCGAAGUGAUUGAGCAGCUGCAGGACUUCUAUCGGCCCCACAACAUCCGCUUCUAUGAGACGGUUGGCCAGGACUUCCGGUGGGAGUAGGCGCCUUGGCAGCGCAAAGCAGCCACACGUGGCACUGGGCAUCUGUCUUCCAAGGAGGGUCAGCCAUGGGCCGGGUAACACCGGGGAGAUCCCCCCUUCUUUCUCCUCUUCUGCACUGCCUCCGUCUAUGUUUAGGCACUUUGGGCUGGAAUUAAUGCCCCAAAGUGCCAAGAGGUGGCACCCAAAGCCCCCUGGUUUGCUGGCACAGAAUAUAAGCCCCCUCCCUCCUUCCCUUUGGUUUGGCAAGUGGGCAGCUCAAAGGGGGAAGAUGGGCUCCAGGGAUCCCUUUUCAGUGGUGCAAUCGGUACGUGACUAUGCCCAUGGAUGGAUUUUAUUUUUCAUAACAAUGAUAUAUAAGAUAAUGAUAUUUAAGAUAUAUAUUAAUAUAGUCUAUAAAGAUCACUGCCUAAGCACUGAUUGGCACACCUGGCUACAUCCACACUGUCACCGCUUUCACUACCCUGGCUCAAGGCUAUGGAAUUCUAGGAGGUGGAGUUUGUUGUGGGCCCAGAGCGGAGCAGAGCUCCACUCUGGCCCCCACAACAUACUCCAACUCCCGGAAUUCCAUAGCCUUGAGCCACAAUAAAGUGAAAGUGGUGCCAGACCAGGUGCCCCAGUCUGGCACUGCCCAGACCAGCCCUCCUUGCCCUUGCCCUGCCUUGCGUCUGGGGCUUCAGGGUACUGGCGGUCCCCCUCCCCACAUCUUUACUCCCCUGCAGCCAUUGGGACACAUUGUGAGGAAGGGCUCCUUCUCGAGUGGGGUAGCCAUUGUGGCACACCUCCCCAUUCCUCUUUUUGUCAAGUCUUUGGCAAGAGCCCUGUGUGACCCAGAAGACACCAGGCUGCUUCCAGGGAGGCCUCCAAAGACGCGUGCACAUACUCUCCCGCCCGACAUCCCUGCCCUGCAAGUAAAGCACAGAUCUCUCCUGUUACGGGUAACUUCAGUCACACAGCCCUGCACCCCUUUCCUUGUUCAGGAUUGUGACUCUGCUCCCUUGUAUCCUCACGUUCCUCUUAUAAAAUAAUAACAACAAUAAUAAUAAAAAACCCUCAAAACUCCA